GAAGUGAACAUCAUGCCUGAAGACUGAGGCACAUCUUUGAGGCAGAGUGUGAAAUAGAUACAUCUCAAGCCAAGCCUGUUGGAGAAGCACCAUGGCCUGUGCCGACAUUGACAUGGACAUCAAUGAAGCUGAUGUGGCGCCACGCAGAGCCGGGCUGAGAGAGUCGCCAUUAGUGCGACAUUACCAGGCUACAGAGCUCGUGCCAGACAACAAAGGGCCGCUGCAUGACCUGCUGCAGAAACAACCUGCUGUGUUGGGGUCUCUGCAGAUAGUGAGCGGUCUCCUCAGUGUUGGAGUGGGAAUUCUUUUUGCAGUAACUCAGGAGAUGAAACAGUCCCUUUUCACUCUGUUCAGAGUUUCCCAGCUGACUGGAGCACUCUUCAUCAUUGCUGGAAUUGUUUCCAACCUGUUGUUCAAAUAUCCAGUAUUACUACCUGUGUCCCUCAUGGUUAACUGUGGCUGUAUUAUUGUAGCUGUAGUUUCAGCGUGUCUGAUAAGUGUUGACCUGGCUCACUGGAGUACAGAAAAUGAUCAGCAUUUGAGGAUGGAGUUGCUGGAACUUCUUGUAUUGGGGCUCGAGGUUUUUCUCUCUACAAUCCUCUGCUUCUGGUUCGCUAAAGAGAAACGUGCCAAAUCCCCAUGAUCAAGCUGAUGAAAUCAUUUGAGAAGAACUAAAUUAAAAAUAACUUUCUAUAUAGGAGGGCCAGGGGGCUGUAUAUUAGUGCUUAAAAGAAGUUAGGCGACUGUAUUAGUGGACCUUUUUUUUUUUUUUUUGUAUAUCAAGUGUGGCUUUCUGUUCUGUCUCGAUUGACUAUCGGAGCUGAAACCCCUGCUCAACAGCCCCGGGCCGUGGUCCGCGUCUGAUGUUUGACUCGGACUGAUAACACAAGAAUUGUGGUAAAUAAAUGUCAGCUUCCCUCAUGUGACAGAAAAACCACUAUACGUCUCUGUGUUUAACGGUAGUAGUGGCCUCAUAGUGCUGCUCUGUCAGUCUAUCUGCAAGGGUCUCUGGGUGUGUGGUUUGACACUUGUGCUUUGGUAUCAGUGGAAAUAUCUGCAGCGCUUUCAGCUGCACUCACACUUCCAGCUGGUUUCACAUACAGAAAGCUUUACUGAGCUAUGAAGGAUUUGUAUGAGAAAAUACUUAAUUUCAUUUCAAACUUUACUGUGGCGAAGAAACGAAUACAACAACAUGUUUUAAAC